AUGCUUUUCCUCGAAAGGAUAAAAACUAACAAUCCUGAUGAGGGUAGAGAAAGAAUGAUCAGAAGGAUGACAGAAUGUUGGAUGGAUGGAUAGAUAGAAGAAAUACCAGCCAAGAGAAUACCGAGAAGAACUGAUGAAAUAAUACAACAUCAAUCAGGAAGAAGACAUGAGAUGGGUCAAAUACAAGAUUUUAGGUGCUCCCCUAAUUAUUGACCACAAAGUAGAUGUGACCAGAAAAGAAAAAUGGAUCAAUUUUUUUAAUCUUUUUGAUAAAAAAGAUUUUUAGAAAAUCAGAAACUAUCAGAAUGCGCAGUCAAAUUCAAUCAGAAUAUGAACACACAACAACUAACCUAAAAAAUAUUAAAAACCUUUAGAUGCCGCCUUUUUAUAUACAAGGCCACUUUCUUCCCCAAUAGGAACCCUUUGAUCAUCAACUAAAAUACAGAUGACCUUAAUUUAACUUACCACAUAAUAAGAGAUGAAGAAGGUGACCUACACUAUGUAUGGCUUAACAAAACAAAACUACUCCUAUUAGAUAAAUUAUUCCUGGUUAAUAAUCACAAAGCAAGUCUGAUAACUUCCAAUUGGAAUGAUUACAUAAUCAAUGUUAAAGGUGGAAAAGUAUAAGUAGAUGAAUAAUUUAACAGUGAGGAUAUAAAUGUCAAGAAAAUAGACUAACAAAUCCCCCACCUACCCUUACAUCAACAGAAGAUCAUAAACGACCCUAUUAUCAUAGAAGAUGACACCCCACAAUAGAGACCAAUGAAAAAGACCAAACGGGAUCCUGUGACUUAGACCUAAAAUGAUGAUGAGGCAGAACUUCUCCGUGCAAUUCAUGAAUAGGAUUUAUCAAAAGGUUUUACUCUUGACGAGUGGGUUCUUGAAGCCAAAACUCAAAAACUUAGUAGAAUAGAGGAUUUCAUCAGAGUCUAGAAGAGCUGUAGCAAUUCCCUCAACUUCGAUACGAAUUAUGAUCUAUUAGAACAUUCAAGAGACUUCCAAAGAAGCUUUGAAUAUAUUGGGGACAUUAAUCUGUUAAAUUAAUUUAGUCAAUCGCUAAAUCCUACUCACUUUCAAACCUUAAAGAUACAUUUGAAUUAUUAGAAGCAAUUUUUGCUUACUAUGAACAAAUCUUAGGGUUAGGAUCUAAAAGAUAGGAUGAGCCUAUAUAAAGUAGCAUUAGGAAGCAAAUGA